AUGUCAUUUUGUAAAGUUUUUGGCAAAGACAAAGUGAUCUUUGCCACCAAGGAGGAUCAUGCUGUGCCCAGUAAAAUUGAGCUUCCACCACCCGAACAGCCCCAAGGACUGAUUACAAAAGAUGGCGACAUUAACUGGAGUUGUCCCUGUUUGGGUGGAAUGCCAACAGGACCAUGUGGAGUUGAUUUCCGUGAAGCCUUUUCUUGUUUCCACUAUAGUGAGGCAGAUCCAAAAGGGUCCGAUUGCUAUGAGGCAUUCCGUAAGAUGCAAGAUUGCUUCCAACAAUAUCCAACGAUAUACAACAAGAACUCUGGCGAUGAUGAUGAUGACGAUGCAUUGGGCAAUGUAAUGAAUGCCGAAAAUGCGGCAAAUGGUGAGGGCGCAGUGGGUGGCAAGGAGACGGACCAACUGGAGGUUGCAUCCAGUUCUGUCGUAUCCAAAGCAGAUUAAAAAGAGUACAACCAAUUCCUAAAUGUUAAGAAUGUAAAUGUUAUCUGGAUUUAGCGCAAGCUUUUGCCAAUCAAUAAAUAUAAUAUUUUAGACAGAGA